GCGAUAUCAAGUGGUGUUAUUUGUACUUCCAAUGACGCAAACGUGGGAGUAGAGUUAUUGCCACUCACUCAGAUUCAGAUGCCAUGUCUUCAAGAACCAUUCUAAGAUUUACGUCUUCGGAUCUUCCGAGAAACAAGUUGGAGAAGUAGCCCUUCCUUUUCACAUUCAAAGAAUUUGUUGUGGUUGUAGGUAAAGCUGUUUAUGAACCUUUUCGGAAGCAGAGUUUGUGUUGGCAAUGUCUCUUAUGCAUGUUACAAGUUACCAAACAUGAUAUAUCCUGAGUUUGAGAAGAUAUGGAGGAGAAUAAGGAUGAUAAUAGGCUGGUGGAAACACCACCUCGUAAUACCCAAUGGUGGCCAUCAGGUCUUAUCGAGAAACUCCGGUCUAUUUCUCUGGUUUCUUCAGAUGAAACCUCAAGCUCUAAAGGAUCAAGUAGUCAGCAUGACUUUGGGAGUCAACCAUUUCAAAUAGCGUCGCAGACUUUGUGGGAUACUGGAAAGAUAGCUGAAGCAAUUCCUGAUGGUUUCUAUUUUGUCAAUCCAGAAAGAAGAUUUAAGGAGCUCUUUGAUACUAUUCCCUCUAUAGAUGAGCUUCAUGCUUUGGAUAUGGAGGGGCUCAGGCCAAAUGUUAUUAUAGUUGAUACACGUAAGGAUAAGAAGCUUUCCAUGUUAAAGCAGCUCGCUACCACUUUGGUGAAGGGACUGAAUUCAAAUCCUGCUGCCGUGAUAAAGAAGAUAGCUGGAUUGGUCUGCGAUUUCUUCAAAAGACCGAAGUUGGAAUCGGAUCAUGUCAAUGGUGCACUUGAAGAAGUCUCUCAUGCAUUGGAUAAUCAAGGUAUCCAUAUGCUGGGUCAAAUAAGGCAUAGCUCUUGCCAUGCCAGGGCUAUCUUAUUCAAAGUUCUUGCCGAUGCUGUUGGCUUGGAAAGCACACUUAUGGUGGGUUUCCCUAAAGGAGUAAUGGAGCGAACAGAUACAUAUAAACACAUGUCUGUCACAGUUGUUUUGAAUUCUGUAGAACUUUUAGUGGAUCUUGUGCGUAAUCCUGGCAAGUUGGUGCCAUGCUCUGCAAAGGCAGUCGUUCUCUCUCAUCUCUCUGCUGGUGAGAGUGAUUCUGCAGAAAAUGAUUCGUAUGAUUCACCCAUUGAACCAAACAGUCCUCUGCACUGCUUCUCAGAUAAAACAGAAGUUGAAGGAUUGUCGUACAGUGAACCAAAUGUGGCAAAUGCAUUUUGGCGGCGGAGCCGGAAGAAAGUCAUAGCUGAACAAAGGACAGCAAGCUUAAGUCCUGAGCAUCCUUUCUUUCGUGGACAUGGAAGAUCUUUGCUUGGAGGUCGCAGGCAUUCCUUCCGAGAGCGCACCAAUGAUAUUAAUGCAUCAAGGUCUGCUGGUGCCUCUCCACUAGAAACCCGUCGAAGAAGACGGCGUUGUAUUAGCAUGAUUCCUGAGAUCGGCGAUGAUAUUGUGAGGGCUGUUCGAGAAAUGAAUGAAACUCUCAAGAGAAGUCGUCUUCCACAGGGACAAGUAAAUUCAAAUUCUAGUUGUUGCACGAGCGAAAAAUAUGACAGCUCAAAUCAAAGUGUGUCAAGAUUCAGUCCAGAUGGCCAUGAUGGAAUAUAUGGUCGAAAACCUUUGACAUAUAAUUUUCCCUUGAAAGAAAUAGAUUCUCAAAAGGCAAUCUCAUUGCCUUCAUCUCCUCAACGUUUUGCAAAUCAAGCUUCUCUUAGGAGUGAAGCAACAGAAAUUUUUGCCAGUUCUGAUAUGAUGUCGACAUUUAAUAAAGUGCUUGAAUCGUCGAAGAUCCUCAGCAAGCCAUUGUUACCUUUCGAAGAAUGGAACAUCAAUUUUUCCGAGUUAACGAUUGGAACUCGUGUCGGAAUUGGAUUUUUUGGGGAAGUUUUCCGUGGCUCCUGGAAUGGAUUAGAGGUUGGGAUCAAAGUGUUUCUGGAACAAGAUCUGACUGUUGAGAAUAUUGAAGAUUUUUGCAACGAAAUAUCAAUCUUGAGCCGCAUUCGCCACCCAAAUGUUAUAUUGUUCCUUGGCGCUUGUACAACGCCUCCUCGCCUGUCCAUAGUUACCGAGUAUAUGGAGAUGGGUUCACUGUAUUACUUAAUCCAUGCAAGCGGACUGAAAAAGAAGCUUAGCUGGCAAAGGAGAAUCAAAAUGCUUUGUGAUAUAUGCAGGGGAUUGUUGAGCAUACAUAGGAUGAAUAUCGUACAUCGCGAUUUGAAAAGCGCAAAUUGCCUCGUGAAUAAGCAUUGGACAGUCAAGAUAUGCGAUUUUGGGCUUUCCCGGAUACUGACCACCAGGCCAAGAUUCUUCUCUUCUUCAGCACGAACACCAGAGUGGAUGGCACCAGAACUUAUUCGCAAUGAGCCCUUCACUGAGAAGUGUGAUAUUUUCAGCCUAGGCGUCAUAAUGUGGGAGCUCUGUACCCUGAAUAGACCAUGGGACGGCAUACCAUCAGUACAAGUAGUUUAUGCUGUUGGCAAUGAUGGACAGAGGCUAGAAAUUCCGGAAGGUCCUCUGGGCAAGCUAAUAGCAGAUUGCUGGGCAGAACCGGAUGAACGACCUAACUGUCAGGAGGUUCUCUCGCGCCUGCAAGAAUGCGAGUACUUAUUGUGCUGAUGUGAUUCUUUCUAUUUCCUUGAAUUGCAAAUGAUGAAUCAAUAAUUAGAGAACUGCAACUUGUAAGCAAAGAUGAGCAGUUUCUCGAGCGAGGAUAUACAGACUAAGAUCAGAUGCAAUUCUAGGGGGUGAAGUUGAGCAAACUUGUAUCUGAACAACGCAGGAAAGAUUUUCCCCAAGUGAUACUUUUGAUGAACGUGUGCCUGCACAGAAUAUAUUCCAUCUUUUAGGAUAUUAAAAAGGUAUAAGAGAAAAAACAAACUCUGGACUAAA